AUGAAGCUGUUUCUGGUUCUCAUUAUUCUGCUGUUUGUGGUAUUCACAGAUGGGGCACGUCCCAAAAGAUGCUUUAAUAACGUUGCAGGCUACUGCAGGAAGAGAUGCAAAGUAGGGGAAAUAGCUGAAGUGGGGUGUCUACAUGCGCAAUUAUGUUGUGUUGAUGAAGAGGAAAACAGAAAACAAAUCCAAAUCCAACAGCCAGCUCAGCCUCCUAAUGAGAAGUCUGAGGAAGUGAUAGACUACAUUAUUUUACCCACUGUCACAUAUUUCACGAUUAGUAUAUAA